AUGGCUGAGCGAGGCCAGCCAUUCCCUCCCCCGGAUUGCGGCCGCCGUACGAAAUAUGGUCAAACCUACUUCAAUACAGUGCUACUGUUCACUACCGGUGAUUCAAGUGGUACAUGUCCACCUUCAGAAGAACAGGUUAAAGAAAAGAUGCUCAUUCUUGAAGGCUUUAUGACAGAUACCCCUAUCUCUGACUCGUUAGACAAAGUCAUGAGGAAGAAAAAGUGGGAAUGCUUUGGAGAAAUUCGUUGCGAUAUCAAUAACGAGCAAAAUUUAAAGGGGUUUGGCAUGAGCACAUCAGGCACUGAAAAUGCGAGGGAGGAGAGGGACAAAGCGCAAGAUAUUCAAGUCUAUUCAUACAAUUCUAUAAGUGGCCCCGAAAUGCGGGCAAAAUUGAAACACGCACUUCCAUACGCCAAGAAACGGCUAAGCCUUGCCGCUUGUUGGAUUUCCUCUGCUCAACUGAAACCAGUUGACCCCGCGCCGCAAUCCACUAUUGUGGCGGACGUAAAGCUUGCGAAAACAGAAUUUUCUGCCACCCCCUGA